AUGAGCCUGCCACUGUGGUCUCCAAAUGCGUUGGGUUCUGAGUUUGGACACACCCAAAACGUAGACCCCAAGUGCCAACAAACACCCUCUUCAGACCACGACCCGAUGCAGCUACUAGCGUCUCAGCAAGACGGUUCUACAUCAAGGGUGAGAGACCGCACUAGUAACACGUCCAGCGCUCUAGCAGAUGAAUCAAGCAGUGACACACAACGGUUUCGUGACAGAACCCCGGCCAAGUACAGGGAGAGAAACCGACUAGCGGCAGCCAGGUCGCGCCAAAAGCAAGCGGACCUCAUUCAAUUACUGGAGGAAGAGAAACGAGACGAAGAUAGAAGGCGAAGGGUCAUUGAGGCGGAACUUUCGAGCCUCAAGACAGAAGUGACUAAGCUUCGAGAGGAGAUACGGCUUCAUAUUCGUUUGUCAAAAUAUCUAGCCGUCACCUCAUUUAGUCAGGAGCUAUAG